AUGUGCUGUCUCACUUCCGGAGGCGGCCCAGGGAGGCCGGCCGCCCUGCAGGGCCUCGUCUGCUCUCGGUGCCAGCUGCUGGCCCUGCCCGGCGCCCUGCCCCUCAACCCUGGUGCCAUGGCCGGCUGGGGUUCCUGGGGAUGGGAUUUGCUACCUGUCACAAAUCACAUUGCCAGGGAUUUCCAACCGACCCUGAGCCCUGACUCCGGGGCCGCCACUGUCACCGCCACCGCUGAGGACGCUGACCCCGGGGAUGGGGAUGGGGUGGCAGAGAGGCCCCACUGCUUGCAUCUGGCCUGGGGAGCAGGGCUUAGCUGCUUGUGA